AAGAAUGUGCAAGAUGCAGGGCAAAUGGAGGUUCCUGUCGUUACAGAAUCGGCUUGAACUUCACUUGUACUCAUUAUCUUGAUGCAUAUCCACCAACCAAAAAGUUAUCCUCGGGUGUCAUUCUAGGUGUUACCAUCAGCAUGGGUGUAGUUUUUCUCAUCAUAUUUAGCUAUGCAUUGUACAAAGUAAUCAAAAAAACAAAAGAUAAGAGACGCAGAAAGAGGUUUUUCAAACGCAAUGGUGGUUUGCUUCUAAAACAACAAGAAGAAGCCCAUCCUUCUUUAGUUGAUAAAACUAUACUUUUCACAUCACGUGAGCUAGAUAAGGCUACUGACAACUUCAAUGAGAGUAGAAUUCUUGGCCGAGGAGGCCAAGGUACAGUUUAUAAGGGUAUGUUAGUGGAUGGACGGAUAGUUGCAGUAAAGAAAUCAAAAAUAAUUGAUGAAAGUCAGUUACAACAGUUCAUCAAUGAGGUCGUCAUUCUAUCACAAGUCAAUCAUAGGAAUGUGGUUAAGCUUUUGGGAUGUUGCUUAGAGACAGAAGUUCCUCUGCUCGUUUCCGAAUUCGUUCCAAACGGUACUUUGUAUGAAUGUCUUCACAAAGAGACUUUUGAGUUUCCAAUUUCUUUAAAAAUGAGACUACAAAUUGCUGCCGAGGUUGCAGGGGCACUUGCUUACUUGCAUUCAGCAACUUCCAUUCCAAUUUACCAUAGGGACAUCAAAACCACUAAUAUACUUUUGGAUGAUAAAUAUAAGGCCAAAGUUUCAGAUUUUGGAACUUCAAGGAUGAUAUCAAUAGAUCAAACUCACUUGACUACCUUAGUCAAAGGUACAUUUGGCUACCUAGAUCCUGAAUAUUUUCGAUCAAGCCAAUUUACCGAGAAGAGUGAUGUUUAUAGCUUUGGAGUUGUUUUGGUCGAACUUUUGACUGGAGAAAAGCCAAUUUCGCUAACUAGAUUUGGAGAGCAUAGAAGUCUGGUUAUGUACUUUAUGUUGGCUAUGGAAGAGGGGCGUGUUAUGUCUAUUUUUGAUGCAUUGGUGAUUAGAGAGGGUAGUAGGGAUAAGCUCCUUUCAACAGCUAACCUCGCAAUGCAAUGCUUGAAUAUAAAUGGAAAAGAUAGACCAACCAUGAAAGAAGUGGUUGUAGAGUUGGAAACCAUACAAACAUCACAUAUUCCAUCUACUACUCAAACCAUACCCAUGAUAUACGGGGAGGAGUUAUCACUACAACCAUAUGGUGAAUCAACAUCAACCUUCUUUAGUAUUACUCAAUGACCCAAAAGGUUUUAGUUCUCAUAUAUGGUCAUAUUAUCUUAUGUAAAUGGACUUUAUGUAAGCAUAAAGCCAUAGUUACCAAAUUUGAAUGGAAAAAUUGAUAGUUAAUUAGAUAUUGCGUAAUCAUAUUAUUAACGUCUUCGUUUAUUGUGGUUUUCU